UACUUGUGUGGGCCAGGUGAGAAUGUGUACUGCAUUGACUUCACCAGGUUCAAGAUCAGAGACAUGGAGACAGGCACAGUGCUGUUCGAAAUCACCAAACCUCCUAAUACAGGUGAGACACACACACAGGGGUCUGACUGGCCUAUUAUGAUGAGUCUUACCUUUGAGUGCUAUCUCUCUCUCUCUCUCUCUCGCUCUCUCUCUCUCUCGCUCUCUCUCUCUCUCUCUCUCUCUCUCGCUCGCUCGCUCGCUCGCUCGCUCACUCUCUCUCUCUCUCUCGCUCGCUCUCUCUCUCUCUCUCUCUCUGUGUGUGUAGAUAAAGCAGGAGAUAAAAGGGCCAUUGAUCCAAAUGCCGGGAGGUUUGUCCGCUACCAGUUCACCCCCGCCUUCCUCCGCCUAAGACAAGUUGGUGCCACGUAAGUCUAACCCCUUAACUCAGAAGGAAGUCUGUAACCCUAACCCCCAAAGAGGGAUGCAUUUUAAUCCCAAGGAAAUUGCCUCUCCCCCUCCCCCCUCUCUGCCUUUAUCUCACCAUUCUUCCAUCCUUCCCCCCUCUCAGUGUUGAGUUCACCAUAGGAGACAUGCCCAUAGAGAACUUCCGGAUGAUUGAGAGGCACUACUUCAGAGAGAAGCUGCUCAAAAGCUUUGACUUUGAGUUUGGCUUCUGUAUGCCCAGUAGCAAGAACACUUGCGAACACAUCUAUGAGUUCCCCCCUCUGUCUGAGGACGUCAGUGAGUACACACACACAAACACACACACACACACAUACACACAGCGAGAGAGAGAGGCCUGGGAAAUGUGCUGACAGACAGUAGCUGUGUCCGAAUUCCCAUACUUGCGUCCUAAAUAGUAGGCCGUUUGAGUACACAUAAAAAUGACGUUUAAUAGUAUGCAACAUUUCCAAAAUCAAGCAUACUUUAAAUGCCCGGAUGUCAUUAAUUUCAGCUUUGACAACAGCUGAUCAAUUAGAUAUGGGGAUGUGCUACCGAAAUCAAUGAAUAGCAGGAAAAAAUGCAAUCGCGCAUGACGCAUUCUCAGUAUGCGAAAAUAGAAUGAGUUAUAGUAUGUACAUUUUCAAAAAUCCAGUAUGGUUUAAAUGCCAGGCUUUUAUACUCAUUUCGGCUCUUCAUCUAGUAGAAUUCGAUGCACACUUGUCCACAAUGCAUUGGAAGAGGUGGGCUGUGAGUGAUAGGACCUAGUUCUCUUCAAGUAGCCAAACAACAAAACUAGGCUACUUUGCCGAAUAGCAAAGCUUCUGCGGGGGUGUUCAAAUGUAGGCUAAGUAGUUUUUGUUCUCCUUAAAAUGAUCACAAGUAUUGCAUCGUAGGCUACUUGAAAACAGAAGUCUAUAUAUAUGUUUUUUUUACCCAAAGUGGAUUUCUGUUUUCUCAUUGAAAAGUGUUUCUGGUUUUCUUGGCCUUCGUCAGAGUUUUUAAACUGAAUACUCAACCAUAUUUCGAUUUCUGAAUGUGUCGGCACCAGAGACUCGGGAUGUGGCUGUUGAUGUCAUGUUAAUCAGGCCUUUUGAUUUGAACAUAUGGAUUGUUUUAGUUUUGUAGGCGAGGCUACCUUGCCUUAGCAGUUAUUCUGAUCUCGUUCCCAAUGAUCAGUGCUUUAGUUUAUUAUGUUGCUGUCCAACGGUUCUGAAUAUGCGAUGCACCUGACUGUCCAUGUUUUUCAGAAAGUAUUCACACCCCCUGACUUUUUCCACAUUUGGUUUUUUUACAGCCUGAAUUUCAAUUGGAUUAAAUUAAGACUGUUUUGGUCACUGGUCUACACACAAUAUCCCAUAAUGUGAAAGUGGAAUUCUGUUUCUACAUUUUACAAAUUAAUUACAAAUGAAAGGCUGAAAUGUCUUAAGUCAAUAAGUAUUCAACCCAUUUGUUAUGGAAAACCAAAAUAAGUUCAGGAGUAAAAAUUUACAUAACAAGUCACAUAAUAAGUUGCAUGGACUCACUCUGUGUGCAAUAAUAGUGUUUUAACAUGAUUUUUUAAAGACUAUCUCAUCUCUGUACCCCACACAUACAAUUAUCUGUAAGGUCCCUCAGUUAAGCAGUGAAUUUCAAGCACAGAUUCAAGCACAAAGACCAGGGAUGUUUUCCAAUGCCUCGCAAAGAAGGGCAACUAUUGGUAGAUGGGUAAAAAUGAAAAAAUCUGACAUUUAAGUAAUUAAUUACACUUUGGAUGCUGUAUCAAUACACCCAGUCACUACAAAGAUACAGGCGUCCUUCCUAACUCAGUUGCCGGAGAGGAAGGAAACCGCUCAGGGAUUUCACCAUGAGGCCAAUGGUGACUUUAAAACAGUUACAGAGUUUAAUGGCUGUGAUAGGAGAAAAUGGAGGAUGGAUCAACAACAUUGUAGUUACUUCACAAUACUAACCUAACUGACAGAGUGAAAAGAAGGAAGCCUGUAUAGAAUACAAAUAUUCCAAAACACGCAUCCUGUUUGCAAUAAGGCAGUAAAGUACUUCUGCAAAAAAUUUUGCAAAGCAAUUAACUUUUUGUUCUGAAUACAAAGUGUUAUGUUUGCGGCAAAUCCAAUACAACACAUUACUGAGUAUCACUCUCCAUAUUUUCAAGCAAAGUAGUGGCUGCAUCAUGUUAUAAUGGGUAUGCUUGUAAUCAUUAAGGACUGGGGAGUUUUUCAGGAUAAAGAAAAUCCUAGAGGAAAACCUGGUUUAGUCUGCUUUUCACCAGACACUGGGAGAUGAAUUCACCUUUCAGCAGGACAAUAACCUAAAACACAAGGCCAAAUCUACACUGGAGUUGCUUACCAAGAAGACAGUGAAUGUUCCUGAGUGGCCGAGUUGACAGAGCUUGAAGAAUUGUUUAAAUAAUAAUGGGCAAAUGUUGCGCAAUCCAGGUGUGGAAAGCUCUUAGAAAUGUACCUAGAAAGACUCACGGCUGUAAUCACUGCCAAAUGUGCUUCUACAAAGUGUUGACUCAGGGGUGUGAAAAUUCAGACGUUUGAUUGCAAAUGCAGAGGGAGUCGAAAAGAGAACACAGAAGGCUGUUGUAUAAAACACCUGUCUCUGGAUUACAUCUUCAAACUAAGGGCAACCAUGCCAUCCGUGACCGAGAGGGAGAAAGAUAUGAUGAUUCUUAUGGCAUUGCACACGGUCAAUGUGAACCAGAGUGACUUGACACAACGGGCCAAGCAAGCUGUACAAACAAAACACAAACAACAGAGGACUUCUUACUUAGGGAAAGGGGUUCCAGUCUGCCGUGAAGCAUUCAUCCAUGUAUACGGGUAAGAGUCUAGCUGCAUUUUCAGAUAUUUUAAGUUUCUAAUUUUGUCAAAGUCAUUUUCAUUGCAAGUGCAAGCGUACUGUUAGCUAGCUAACAUUGACCCUAGUUGGUUAGCUUUAGCUACCUGCAGAUUCAUACUACAUAAUGUCAUGCAUGGUGUAUAGCUAUGUUUCUAUUGCUACUGUAUGGGUUGGAAUUAUGGUUUAUUGUUUAGCUAGCUAGCUAGUAACAUGUCUAAACAAAAGAGUCCACUUCGACAGAUGAUUACAUGACCCAUCAAGUUAGCCAGGUGUACAUGUAUAGACAAUAGUGACCCAUCCACUUAGCUAGAUGUGGCUGGGGGGUGAUUAUAGCAUUUAUUUCACAUGACCCAUCAAUUUAGACAAGUGUGUCUGGGUAUGCAUCAUCUAAUAUUAUAAAAUAUGUAUAAAAUUAUGACUCUAUUAGGUCCCGGUUUAAAUGACGUGCAGCUUAUAAAGCCUUCAUAAAGCCUACAUAAACACUUCAUAAACACUACAUAAAUGUGUCACAAAUCACCUACAACCGUAUGUCAUGCUCUAUAACGGGUUCAUAAAUGUGGCACAAUUGUGUGAUAUAACCACCAAUGUAAAAUGUGACAUAACCCACUAUGUCAAAUAUGACAUAAACCUGUGCUUUAUAAAGGGUUGCAUAAGCACCACUUAAUAAAGGCUUUAUAAAUCAUAUUAAAUUGAGGCUUCACAAAGCAUUUAUACAUUUGUCUUGUAUCUUGGUAGAGCAUUGCAACACCAGGAUAAAGUGUUUGAUUCCCGGGACCACCCAUACGUAAACAUUUAUGCACGCAUGACUUUAAGUCGCUUUGGCUAAAAUCGUCUGCUAAAUUGAAUCAAUUAUAUUACUCUAAAACAUUUCUAGGAUGGCCCAACCACUUUCCCUCUUGGGUGCAUAGACAAUAUUGGACCUGACCUCAACAUUCCCCAAAAUGCUGUGCUGCAGGAUGACACACUCUAAGGUGCAGUUAUGAACAGCAAAAGACGUUGGUGGGGCCUUUUAAAAUCUGUAAAAAAUAUUUGGCCCCCCAAUUCAGUAUUUUUCCCAAAUUCCAUUUUCUCGGUUUAGUUUUUCCAGGUUUCGUAUCCCCCCCAUUUAAAAAAAAUAUGUUUUCCCCCCAGUUUUUCACACUUUUAAUAUAUUUAUUUGUUUUAAAAUGGAUUUGUUGUGUUCCCAAAAAUGCUUAAACCACAUAAGGGGACGACUUUUGAUGUCUGGGAAAAAUCUAAGAAACGUUUAGUUUUUUUGUGUAGUUGCCCUUUAAUUUAGUGUGUUUGGUUAGUGGUGUUUCUGUAGCGCAGUAAAGCGCAGAUCUGUGUUUGCAAAUCAAAUGGCCACUUUUGUUUAUUGUAAUUUUAAUUUGUUUGUAGUAGUUAAUUCUUUAGAGUCUAAGAUGCUGGGGGGACGGGGUGCUAAACUGACAUAUGGAAUUGUUUUAAGAUGGUCAUACUAUGUAUUAUUUAGCUAUUUGAUUUGGAAUUUUAGGACCCCUUUAGGUAUCAAAAGAAAAUUCAUAAAUGGCUAAAAGUAGUAGGUCAAACCGUUCGGAUGCUACAGACGUUUUCGUGAAAAGACCGAUUUUCAGGAUGUCUCAUGGUCUGACAAAAAACACUAUAGCUCUGCCACCUUUCACCGCAGAUGCGGAAGUGCGACAUAGGUGGAUGCGGCAGAUUGAGAAACAGCCCAUGCAAAAAAACUGAUAUCUCUAACUUAAACUGACAGAUUUUGAUGGGGAUUUUUUUGUUAUGUUACUUAGAUUGACGCACCGGUGCUCUAUGUAGUACUGUGCACCUCCCAUAGUCUGUUCUUGACUUGGGGACUGUGAAGAGACCUCUGGUGGCAUGUUUUGUGGGGUAUGCAUGGGGGUCCAAUGCGUUCAACAUGUCAAUACCUCUCACAAAUACAAGUGGUGAUGAAGUCAAUCUCUCCUCCACUUUUACAUUAAUGGCCGAGCGGGUUGGGUGUGGAGCCAGAGACAACAGGGGUUCAAACUGUAGAACCCAGUUCCUACAUUUGAAUAUAAAAAUGGAUUUUAUCAAACAAAACGAUGCUACAUUUUAUCUCUGGGACCCUUAGAAUGACAAAUCAGAGUAAGUAUGUAUGUAAGUACAUAAUUUACCUUCAGAGGUGAAUGUAUCAAACCAGUUGCCGUGAUCAUUUUUUUGUUGUUGUGCACUCUCCUCAAACAACAGCAUGGUAUUUUUACACUGUAAUAGCUACUGUAAAUUGGACAGUGCAGUUCGAUUAACAAGAAUUUAAGAGUUCUGCCCAUAUAAGACAUGUCUAUGUCCUGGAAAGUUUGCUGUUACUUACAACAGUCAUGCUAAUCACAUUAGCGCACGUUAGCUCAACCGUCCCGUAUACGGGACACCGAUCCCGUAGAGGUUAAAGAACACCCUCUGCGUUCUUUUAGACAGGUAACUCUUUAUCCACAAUAUAUUAGGGGGUGUAAAGCAAUAACACAUACGUUUUUCCAGCAACAGUGUAUGAUCAAUAAUGUCAAAAGCCGCACUUAAGUCUAAUUAAAUAGCCCCCACAACCUUUUUAUCAUCAAUUUCUCUCAGCCAGUUAUUUGUGUAAGUGCUGUGCUUGUUGAAUGUCCUUCCCUAUAAGCGUGCUGAAAGUCUGUUGUCAGUUUGUUAAUGUAAAAUAGCAAAAGUUUACUAAGGGUUGGUAAGAGGCUGAUUGGUCAGCUAUUUGAGCCAGUUAAGGGGGCUUUACUAUUCUUAGAUAGGGGAAUAACUUUUGCUUCCCUCCAGGCCUGAAGGCACACACCUUCUAGUUGGCUUAAAUUGAAGAUAUGGCAAAUAGGAGUGGCAAUAUCAUCCGCUAUUAUCCUCAAUAAUUUUCCAUCCAAGUUGUCAGACCCCGGUGGCUUGUCAUUGUUGAUUGACAAUAAUAUUUUUUUCACCUCUUCCACACUUACUUUACGGAAUUCAAAAUUACAAUGCUUGUCUUUCAUAAUUUGGUCAGAUAUACUUGGAUGUGUAGUGUCUGUGUUUGUUGCUGGCAUGUCAUAACUAAGUUUUCUAAUCUUGCCAAUGAAAAAAUCCUUAAAGUAGUUGGCAAUAUCAGUUGGGUUUUGUGAUGAAUGAGCCAUCUGAUGGAGCGGAGUUUGCCUUUUUGCCCAAAAUUUCAUUUAAGGUAAUCCAAAGCUUUUUACUAUAAUUCUUUAUGUCAUUUAUCUUUGUUUCAUAGUGUAGUUUCUUCUUCUUUUUAUUCAGUUUAGUCACAUGAUUUCUCAAUUUGCAGUACGUUUGCCAAUCGGUUGUACAGCCAGACCUAUUUGCCAUCUCUUUUGCCUCAUCCCUCUCAACCAUACAAUUUUUCAAUUCCUCAUCAAUCCGUGGCGAUUUAACAGUUUUUACAGUCAUUUUCUUAUUGGGUACAUGCUUUUAUUAGUAACUGGGAUAAGCAGUUUCAUAAAUGUGUCAAGUGCAGCGUCUGGUUGCUCAUCAUUACACACCACGGACCAACAAAUAUUCUUCACAACAACAUAGGAAUCACUACAAAACGUAUUGUAUGACCUCUUAUACACAAUAUUAGGCCCAGCCUUUGUAACUUUGGUUUUCCUAGAUAUGGCUACUAUAUUGUGAUCUCUACAUCCGAUGUAUUUGGAUACUGCUUUCAAACUAAUUUCUGCAGCAUUAGUAAAGAUGUGAUCAAUACAUGUUGAUGAUUUCAUUCCUGUACUGUUUGUAACCACCCUGGUAGGUUGAUUGAUCACCUGAACCUGGUUGCAGGCACUAGUUACAGUUUGAAGCUUUCUCUUGAGUGGGCAGCCUGAUGAAAGCCUGUCAAUAUUUAAAUCACCCAGAAAAUAUACAUCUCUAUUAAUAUCACAUACAUUAUCAAGCAUUUCACACGUUAUCCAGAUUCUGACUGUUAGCACUUGGUGGUCUAUAGCAGCUUCCCACCAGAAUGGGCUUUAGGUGAGGCAGAUGAACCUGUAGCCAUAUUACUUCAACAGUAUUUAACAUGCGAUCCUCUCAAAGCUUUACAGGAAUGUGGUUCUGAAUAUAGACCGCAACAUCGCCCCCGGUGGCAUUUCUGUAUUUUCUGUAAAUGUAAUAACCUUGUAUUGCUACCACUGUAUCAUCAAAGGUAUUAUCUAAGUGAGUUUCAGAGAUUGUCAGAAUAUGAAUGUCAUCUGUUACUAGCAAAUUAUUGAUUUCAUGAACCUUGUUUCUUAAGCUACAUGUUUUAACGUGGGCUAUUAUUAAUACUUUUCUGGGAUGCUUGAUUAUUUUUCUUGCUUUACUGGGAAGAUUAGCAGAGGUAUACAUACUCAGGUUAUUCUUAUUAGUGCAGAGUGAGCUGUACACAGUGGACUUCCUACUAGGGCACACCACCUCAGUGCUAACAGUAUUACGCUGGUUCAUAGGCAUAUGAUUACUGCAUACAAUAGCUGUAGGAACAGCAGAGGCAUUCCGGGCAGUAAGAGGGACAUAAAUUAGGUUAUUUACAUUGUGUCUUCCAACGCCCCUAGGAUAAUGUACAUUUGUAAAACGUUAUGACAACUCAGCGACACAAUGGCAGGGAUUAAAUGAGCUGGACUUCGGUCAUUGAUAAGUCAUUGUCUCAACGCAGCCUUAUAAUGCUGUGAAAGGAUCCAGGAACCCAAAUAAUUUGGCUGGAUCCCAUCCUCCUUACAAGCUUUGUUUCCAGAAGGUAUCAAAAUUGUCAAUAAAUAUUACACCCACAGAGCUGCAAUAGUCUCGUAGCCAGUUACGGAGGGCUAAAAGUCUGCUGAACCGUUCAAUGCCACGAUUUAGGGACGGCAGAGGGACAGAUAUUAUGGGCCGUUUGUUGGUGUCAAGUAGAGACCCAAUCAGUUCUUUAAAAUCAAUCUUCAGCUGUUCUGAGCUGCCCUUCAUAAUGUCAUUUGACCCCACAUGAACCAUAACAGUAUCAGCCCCCGAUGACUGACUCACAGCUUCGGGAAGAACUGAACUUUUGCCCAUGGAAAACACAAAGUCUUUGCCCCAGGUACAGAUACAGUGGGGAAAAAAAGUAUUUAGUCAGCCACCAAUUGUGCAAGUUUUCCCACUUAAAAAUAUGAGAGAUUCCUGUAAUUUUCAUCAUAGGUACACGUCAACUAUGACAGACAAAUUGAGAAAAGAAAAUCCAGAAUAUCACAUUGUAGGAUUUUUUAUGAAUUUAUUUGCAAAUUAUGGUGGAAAAUAAGUAUUUGGUCAAUAACAAAAGUUUCUCAAUACUUUGUUAUAUACCCUUUGUUGGCAAUGACACCGGUCAAACGUUUUCUGUAAGUCUUCACAAGGUUUUCACACACUGUUGCUGGUAUUUUGGCCCAUUCCUCCAUGCAGAUCUCCUCUAGAGCAGUGAUGUUUUGGGGCUGUCGCUGGGCAACACAGACUUUCAACUCCCUCCAAAGAUUUUCUAUGGGGUUGAGAUCUGGAGACUGGCUAGGCCACUCCAGGACCUUGAAAUGCUUCUUACGAAGCCACUCCUUCGUUGCCCGGGUGGUGUGUUUGGGAUCAUUGUCAUGCUGAAAGACCCAGCCACGUUUCAUCUUCAAUGCCCUUGCUGAUGGAAGGAGGUUUUCACUCAAAAUCUCACGAUACAUGGCCCCAUUCAUUCUUUCCUUUACACGGAUCAGUCAUCCUGGUCCCUUUGCAGAAAAACAGCCCCAAAGCAUGAUGUUUCCACCCCCAUGCUUCACAGUAGGUAUGGUGUUCUUUGGAUGCAACUCAGCAUUCUUUGUCCUCCAAACACGACGAGUUGAGUUUUUACCAAAAAGUUAUAUUUUGGUUUCAUCUGACCAUAUGACAUUCUCCCAAUCCUCUUCUGGAUCAUCCAAAUGCACUCUAGCAAACUUCAGACGGGCCUGGACAUGUACUGGCUUAAGCAGGGGGACACGUCUGGAACUGCAGAAUUUGAGUCCCUGGCGGCGUAGUGUGUUACUGAUGGUAGGCUUUGUUACUUUGGUCCCAGCUCUCUGCAGGUCAUUCACUAGGUCCCCCUGUGUGGUUCUGGGAUUUUUGCUCACCGUUCUUGUGAUCAUUUUGACCCCACGGCGUGAGAUCUUGCGUGGAGCCCCAGAUCGAGGGAGAUUAUCAGUGGUCUUGUAUGUCUUCCAUUUCCUAAUAAUUGCUCCCACAGUUGAUUUCUUCAAACCAAGCUGCUUACCUAUUGCAGAUUCAGUCUUCCCAGCCUGGUGCAGGUCUACAAUUUUGUUUCUGGUGUCCUUUGACAGCUCUUCGGUCUUGGCCAUAGUGGAGUUUGGAGUGUGACUGUUUGAGGUUGUGGACAGGUGUCUUUUAUACUGAUAACAAGUUCAAACAGGUGCCAUUAAUACAGGUAACGAGUGGAGGACAGAGGAGCCUCUUAAAGAAGAAGUUACAGGUCUGUGAGAGCCAGAAAUCUUGCUUGUUUGUAGGUGACCAAAUACUUAUUUUCCACCAUAAUUUGCAAAUAAAUUCAUUAAAAAUCCUACAAUGUGAUUUUCUGGAUUUUUUUUCUCAUUUUGUCUGUCAUAGUUGACGUGUACCUAUGAUGAAAAUUACAGGCCUCUCUCAUCUUUUUAAGUGGGAGAACUUGUACAAUUGGUGGCUGACUAAAUACUUUUUUCCCCCACUGUAUAUGCCUCACCAUCGAACUCCCUGUCACAAUCGCCGGAAUGAUCCAGCCUCUGCUGUGUCUUGAAGCAGAUUGCGAAGACAGAGCCACAGAACUCACCUGAGAAGAGCGCUGCUGAGACGCCGGCUGCGUGCAGGCCACAACCGCCAAAGGGACAGAGCUCUGAUCCAGAGAGCAAUGCCCAACGGAGGUGGGCCGCGGUGGUCCAGGCUGUGCCCAGGCAGUUGAUUGACUAGGACAGGGAGAGGUAGCUGGAGGGUCAUCCACAGCCAUGGAGGGAACACCCAAGCCCCCGGCAGAAGACAGCUGGUACAGGGGCUCAAAGCCAUUUGAAAUUCUUAAGUCCGGACGCGGGGGAAGAAGGCAGGCUCGCCGAGAAUGAUUCUUCUCCUUCUUUCUGGUUCCGACACGCAUCCAUUGACGCUCACCUGGAGUCAAACAGUGAGCAGCCAUUUUCUGGUUCCAUCUAGUAGAGGGGUGCAGUGGCGGAAAUUGAUCAUAGUCCAGGAAGGUCCCAUUAUGAUCCUCUUGGAUGUUUUGAUAGGAAGCAUUUAAAGAUGCUGAUAGUCUCAUAGGAUCCUUAUUCAGUUCAAGGCGCUUGGUCAAAUGUUUUAUUUCUUCAUGAAGAGUAAUAAUCAUUUUUUUUUAGCUGCAUCAAGUUCAAUAAAUGUUUCACAAAUGAAGGUAUCCAUCAGACCUUUCCCCGUGACAACUACGAACAUGUUGCAUAGUAUACAUUUAAUAGCUUGCGAGUACCCAGCAGAUUCAAAUUAGUUUUCACUGCUGCACGCCGACAGUCCAAGGGAACAAACAUUUCCCAGCUCUGCCGGGGACUUAGAUGAUCCCUCCAUGGCCGUGGACGCCCCCACCAGCCCCCCGCACAACUGUGUUGUUGUCUGUCUCUCGUAGAAUGUGAGAGCGAGAGAGAAGCGCAGGGGGUCGGGAGAUGUCUGGUCAGUUAUCAGUGGCAGGUCGCCGGCUGUUCCUUCUAUGCACUGCGUGUUAGUGUUCGGUGUAGCCUCUCAGAGGACACAGCUCUGAGAGGCUCAGUUUGCACUCACUCCUUUUCCAGUGUCUGUCGACCCUCCACCGUAGUCGUCUGUCACACUCUGUCGUCUGCUUGAUUUGGUUUUGAAGAUGAGUCCAUGCAACUUAUUACGUGACUUGUUAAGCACAUUUUUACUCCUGAACUUAUUUAGGUUUGCCAUAACAAAGGGGUUGAAUACGUUUUGACACAAGACAUUUCAGCUUUUGAUUUUUUAUUAAUUUGUAAACAUUUCUAAAAACAUAAUUCCACUUGGACAUUGUGGGAUACUGUGUGUAUGCCAGUGGAACAAAAUCUCAAUUUAAUCCAUUCUAAAUUCAGGCUGUAACACAACAAAAUGUGGAAAAAGUCAAGGGGUGUGAAUACUUUCUGAAGGCACUGUAUAACUCCAUUCCUAUUCUAUUCAGAGUUUAGAGAGAAAAUCAAAUAGGAAAUUAGCUAUUAUCAGGCUGGUUAAUGAGAUGUAUGUCUGUUGAAUUUGGAAAAACCACCCACACUCGGCCCGCCCCACCUACUCAGCCAGUCAGGAUCCGCUAGUGCGUUGUGGCCAUGGCAUACUGCAUGCUUUUUAUUAAACGGUAUGUGCUAAAUAGUACGUGACGAUGAGUACAUAUUAUGCAGUUGAAGUAUAUAAUACUCUAGUAUGGGUAUCCGGACACAGCCAUGUGGGGAUUUUUAUAUGUUUGGCUUUAAUAUAUAUCAUGUGACUGUGUUUCACUGUCGCCCCCUGUAGUGCGAGAGAUGAUCCUGCACCCAUACAAGACGCAGUCCGACAGUUUCUACUUUGUGGACAACAAGCUGGUUAUGCACAACAAGGCAGACUACUCCUACAGUGGCGGCCCCUAG